AUGAAUAGCCUUGAAGAAAAAAGCCCCUCAACUAAUCCAUCUGCAAUUACUAACCUGGUUUUACAAGAACUUUUUGAACGUGACCGCUGUUCCUCCAACGUGAUUGCUCAUGGUGUGUCUGAGUCCACAUCUUCUUUGGUAGCCGAACGAGCUGCAUAUGAUAAAUCCACUAUUUCUAAUAUUUUACUGCCACUUGGAGACUCUCUUCCAUUGAAUCUCAAGUUCAUAAGGAUUGGAAAACCACGUCCAAAUAGUACUCGCCCAUUGAAGCUAGUUUGUGCUAGCAAAGAGGAAGCAAAAUCCUUGCUAUACCAAUACAAUGAACUUAAGCGGUCAGGUACUCAAUUUCAAAAUGGUUUCAAUCUUGUCAAGGAUAAGACUCAACUUGAAAGACAACAAUUGCGCUCUUGUCACGAAGAAAUGACGGCGCGUGCAGCAAGGGGAGAAUUGAAUCUGCGCAUCUACUUUGAAAAUGGAUCGCCAAAGGUUGGGACUAUCCGGUCAAAAAACGAACAUCAUCUUCCUCAACUUCCUGUCCAUUAA